AUGCAGUUUCAGGUACCAGAGCCUGGGCUUGAGCUGGUGGUGGCCGGUAUAAACCGCAGACCCAUGCUAAGUAAAUGGAUCCUGUUCGCUGCUAUCCACUAUUACUUGGCAGUGUAUGUGGGGACAGAUAGCUUGCCAGAGUGUCUAGAUAUACCAACUCUUGAUAGUGACUUGAAUUUUGCCUACUGCAACCAGCCACUUUUUAUAACAUUUUUGCCAAAAACUGAGCAAAAUGAGUUCAUUGACAACAUAUGUGGUACUUUGUUCCCCCUUCCGGACGACCCUAACACUUACAACUUGUAUUUCUCUACAGUUUACUGUGAUGGGUCAACUAGAAUUGAGUCAUACAUAUUUACUGAUAUUGAACCUGGAAGAUAUCGUGGAUCAAAUCCUUUCUGCACUUACACUACAAACGUGAUAGGAUAUGCUGGCUGCGACACGUAUGUUCAAUACAGAUGCCUUGAAUUUGGAGAUUGUGACGGUCAACCGAGCGUAGUUGGUAUCUCCACAUCAUGUCGCCCCCUAGGACUUUCUUGUCUCCAAAAAAUUGAGGACAUAUUGGACGAUGCCGGAGUUCCUAAAUCAGAGUACGUAGUACUCCCGAUGAAGUUGCCGAACCGAUGUGUAACGGAGAAGUUAUGUAUCAACAACUUCGAAGGGGACUUAUAUUGUGCUCUUAAUCUUCCUAACCCUCAACCUGCCCUCCUCCCACCACUUCUUCCAAAUCCUCUCAUCGCGCCUCCUCCUUUGAGUUCUAUCCUUCCAGGUCCUUUUGGUUAGUAUUUACUAAAUCAACCUGUCCUCAUAAAUCAAUCAUAGUUUAGUACUACAUUUCUGAAACAUUAUCAUUUCAACAGGUAUAUUUGUUCUAAAUUUCCUUCUCAGUUAUGAUUUUUUAAAUAAA